AUGUAGGGCUGCUCAUCUUCUCUUACUUGACGGUGUUAGUGUUUGCGGGUGCUGAACACGGCGGACAGCAGCAGCCGGAUAGAAAUCUGCAAAGAUGGCCUCGGCAACAGCGACCUACGGGCAGAAAGAGUCUUCGGACCAGAACUUUGACUACAUGUUCAAGAUCCUCAUCAUUGGCAACAGCAGCGUGGGAAAAACCUCCUUCCUGUUCCGCUACGCCGACGACUCGUUCACGCCGGCGUUCGUCAGCACAGUGGGGAUUGACUUCAAGGUGAAGACAAUCUACAGGAACGACAAGAGGAUCAAACUACAGAUCUGGGACACGGCGGGUCAGGAGCGUUACCGCACCAUCACCACGGCGUACUACCGAGGAGCCAUGGGCUUCAUCCUCAUGUAUGACAUCACCAACGAGGAGUCCUUCAACGCCGUCCAGGACUGGUCGACUCAGAUUAAGACGUACUCGUGGGACAACGCCCAGGUGCUGCUGGUAGGAAACAAAUGUGACAUGGAGGAUGAGAGGGUGGUGAACGCAGAGAGAGGCCGGCAGCUCUCAGAACAUCUCGGUUUUGAGUUCUUCGAGGCCAGCGCUAAGGACAACAUCAACGUGAAGCAGACCUUUGAACGCCUUGUCGAUAUCAUCUGUGAAAAGAUGUCUGAGAGUCUGGAUGCCGGCGAUCCCGCCGUUACAGGGGCCAAGCAGGGGCCCCAGCUGACAGAGCAGUCUGCCCCUCCCCACCAGGACUGUGCAUGUUAAAGCUGACUCAGCAAUUCUUCCUGCUGUCAUUUUCCCCUCCGCUCCUUUAGCCGGACCCCAGCUCCUCAGAUCCUUACUUCAGCAUCCUGUUCGCUCCUCUUCCUGCUGCUUUUCGUUGGCUGAUGAUCACAAGAGAAGGGCUGGAAAGAGUCCGGGACGCUACAGCAGGUGGUGUCCCCACAUUUUACCGAACAUGUUUCCGUUGAGUUCCUCCACAUUCGGGAGACGUUAAGGUGUUUUUAAUCAGCGCAGGUGUUGAUCUGAUGCCAAAGCAAGCCCAGUAAAACCAGAGCGUCUCAGACUCUUUGCAGCCCAGGCUCUUGCCGGUUUCCCCUGAUCCUCAGUUUGGUUUUAAAAGAAGGAUUUGACGGCGAUCAUCCUCAGAGUGCCAUUUAAAUCCUUCCAGAGUUUACAGUUUCAUGUCUCGAAGUAAGAGAUGAAAGCCUUGGAUUUGGUGACCAAGACUGUGGAGUUUCACAGGUGUUUUCAAUUCAUCUGAGGAAUAAUCAAAACCCACGUGUUGCAUUUCUACGACGGAGUAUUAGGGUCACCCUAAGAAAACAAAAAAUAUAGAAUUACAAGAAUAAACCCAUGAAAUUGUGAGGAUAAAGUCGAAAUAAUACAUAAUAUUAUGACUUUAUUCUCAUAUUAGUUUAUUUCUCUAAUUUUAUGAAUUUAUUUGUAUUAUUUUGACUUUAUUCUUGUAUGACUUUACUCUCAAAAUUUGAUUUUAUUCUCGUAUUAUUUCAACUUUAUUCUCAUAAUUUUAUUUUUUCAUUCUUUUCUUAUUAUUGCCCUACUACUCCGCCAUACAUUUCAGAUCCAACAUAUACAAUUAAUUUUGUAUUGUUACCUACUUACACUUGAAAACUGCAGGAAUUAAACCAACAUGACCAUUUCCUCAGCUCUUCUGAGCAUCUUUCAUCACCGUUUUUUACUCUUGAUUCCUUCUGCAAAUUUUUAUUUUAUAUUUUCCAGCCUUGUUCUUUUCAUAACCUAAACCAGAGAGAGUAAAGAAGACAAACAAGCUACUGAAAGGUGAAAAAAGAGAAAAGAAGUAUAUAAAUGGAUAGAAUUUUUUAUUUAAUUAUAUUUAUUUCAGAUGUACAUAUAAAUGUUGUGCAAUAUAUACAUAUACAUAUAAUAUCUACAGGUAUGCACUUCUGGAAAAAGAUUUUAAAAAAGUGUACCGCGAAUAAAAAAAGGUGUUUUGUUGUAGGAUUUGUUUCCCCGCUUGUGGCUCCUUUCAGGAACGAUUCAGUUUCAUUCAGUCUAAGAAAAAUCAGGAUGGUAAACUGCAUACAGUUUUACAAAAACCUGAUUAAAAUUCAGAUUAUACAGUUGCCCUAAGCAACAAGAUGUCAAAUGCCAUUGGCAGCACUUUAUUGUUGUUGAUGGUCGACUUUCAGGAUAAAUGCAACUCUGAUCCUGAACCAAGACUUUUGUGUUUUUGAGCUGGAAAUGGACCCUAAAUAAAGUAACUCUAAGCUCAAAGUCGGCUGAUUUGUCAGUAAAAUUGUAAGAAUUUGUCGUUAUCUUUAGUAAUUAUGUGUAAAAAUACCUACCUGUAAAUCAGUUUAAUGCUCUCAGACGCAUUUGGAGUUGAUUUUAAAGAUGAAAAUAAUGUUAUUCUGCUUUUAUCUCAUUGCUGACUGGCUGUCUUCAGCGAGGAACCAGAAGAUUUCUGCUGACUGAGUUUGUUGUUGUCACAGGGUAUAUAUUUGUGAAAUUUAAUUUUUAGAUAUUAAUUCUUGACAGGUGGGACAUGACAGCAUGCAGGUUCUGCUAGAAAAAUGCUGAAGUUACAACUUUGCAUUUUCUCUCCAGAGAGAUCAAACAUUUAAAAAAUGACAGUUAAAUUUGUUUAAUUUUUUCUUUUCUGAUGUUUAAGUUUUUAGAUUGCAACUAAAAGCUUGACUUCAGUAUGAUAUGCAAUGCUCUCUACAAUCAUUGGCACUCCUGGUGAAAAAACAAAACAAGCAUUGCAAUGAAAUAUUUUGUUCAGGGUUUUGGAUCAGUUUUUGUUACACUACAUAUAGUCAAAUUCAACCCAGGAGCUAUUUUUCUUGUAGUAAUUUCCUGUUUUGCAGCAUAAAGAUAAACACACAUAUGGCUUACCUUCACUGCAAAAACACAAAAUCUUAUUAAGUAUUUUUUUUUUGUCUAGUUUAGUUGUCUGAUUUAGAACUAAAAAAUAACUUGCAAAUACAUUGUCAGCAAGAUAUAGGAGGUUAUUUUAAGUAAAUAUUUCCCUCAUAUUAAUUUUUAAACAGUGCUACUUCCAGAGGGAGAUUAUUUUAUUUAUAAUCAGGAAAAUGUCUUGCUAUAAAUGAAAUAAUCUGCCAGUGGAACUAGUUCUAUUUUACCAAUAUUAAGCAUUUUUAUGAUGUAAAUCAAGCUCCUGUAUCUUGCUGAAAAGUUACUCGUAAAUUAGUUUUGUUUUAUUUCAAGUGUACUAAGAUAUUUGCAUUAGAAUAGGCAAAAAAAUACUUAGUAAGAUUUUGAGUUUUUGCGGUGUUUGUGCUUACAUAUUGUUGCAUUCACUGAUUAGCAAAUAUGUUAUGAUUCUGUGAAGAUUGAUCAAAUGCAAAAAUGAUUUAUUUUUCAAUCACAAAAUCGUGGACUAUUUACUAAAUAUUCUUGAUGCUGAUCAAACUAAACCAGAAAAUUGCAAAAACGCUCCAAUUGGUUAUGUUUUCAUCAAGUAAUUGUGAAAAAAUAUGUUGCGGCAAAAAGCCUUUUACACAUUUUAAUGCCAACAUUUGUGAAGGAGGUUGAACCUCAGUAGUCUGUGCAGGUAUCAAACCCUUUUUCUCCUUACAAACUUUCAUCCUGAACUGAAUCAAUUCAAGCAUUUAAUGAGUUUUCAAGCAGCUUGGCUUGAUCAUCUGCAGUAACUCAAAUGGUCCUUUUCCACAGUAACAAACAGCAUUUCUGCUGAAACUUUGUCAGAGUUUGCUUUGCAGAGCAGCUCGACUUGUCUGUUGCAGGCUGCCGUGUAAAUGUUGGUUUAUUUUUGUUUGAGAAGAUCUCAGUUCCUGCUGGUUGAACGUUGGGAAGCAUUUAAGAGCUGGAAGAAGGGCAGCCGGCUUGAGCUGUCCGAAAAAAUAAAUAAAUCACCUGUUCGAAAAGUCAACACAGCCGCGCUUUUAUGGGGACGCCCUUCCUCAGAACAUAUUUACUCUUGUUUUACUGCAUUUUCCAAAGCUGAAACUGGUUUCUCCUCAUUUAAUGGAGCACUGUAGAUGUGGCUUGCUGUUUUUGCUCCUCAAAGCUGGACGAAGAUUGAUAGACGUGUUAAAUGAGGAAAAAAAAUAAAAGAUGACCAAGACUGCAAAAAAAAAAAAAA